AUGAAAGAAGAUGAUAAUCCUGAGAUGAUAGAAAAUAACUUCAGUGAACUAUCUAUAGAUGAGAAUGCAAAAUAACUCAAUAAAUUCAUAAGCAAUUAUUAAUCAUUAAUUUCCUAUAACAUAACAUAGGAGAAAUACAUCUGCCAUCUCAGCUAGAAAAAAAUUGAGCAUUCUAAAGAUAAUAAAUUACUCAGCUUCUGUAAAGAAGUUUUUGCAAAAAUGAAAGAUAUUAAUGAAAAGUUUGAUCAAUUGAAUAUUAGCGUAAAUCUAUUCUAAGAAACUAAUUUGGAUAAAAUUAAGAAUAAAAAUGACAGUCUACUUAAAUUAUUUAGUUAAGCAAAAGAUUCAUACUCAAAAGAGAAAAAAACAGAGGCUUUCUAAAAAUUUACAGAAGUUUUAACAAUGAAUCCAAAUUUUAUAGAUGCUAGAAUUUAUAGAGGUAUUAUCAAAAUAAUGAUUUAAAAAGGGUAUUUGAGUUUGGAUGUUAACAACACAUGUUAUGCAUAAUUUGACUUUGAAGAAGUAUUAAAAUAAGACAAAUACAAUUUAAAAGCUUUAAAAGGAAUAACUAAAGCAUUUAAGAUGUAAUGUAACUACGAAUUAGGGUUGAAGUAUGCAUUGAAAGUGAUCAAAUAUGAGCCUAAAUCACCAAUAGGUAAUUUUAAUGCAGGUAUUUGA